AUGGCAGAUACCGUGGACUUCUCGAUUGCCGUUAGACCUAACGAUCUUGGUGCAGUUCCCGGGAUUGUGAAGGGCAUCGUCGAAAAGGCCAAUGCUCUCCCACCUGGGGAUGAGACUGCCAGGCAUGCUCUCCUCAUUCAAGCAAGGUCCCUUGUCCAGGCUCUGGAAACGCCCCGUGAGACUAUGACCAAACGUACUUGGGCACAGGGCGACUGCAAGAUGCGCCAUAUUGCGGCUAUGGGGUAUCUCAUUGAGACCGGCGUCGACCAAUACAGGCUCACCAACUUCACUCGGUCGAUGGCUCUUCCACAAAUUUCGGGUGGCUACAUUACUCUGCUUGGUGAAAUAGGAGCAAGUGGAUUGGAGUUCCACAAAUGGGCUCGGAAGAACAAUUGGCGUAACCCCACUGAUCCAAAGAACGGUGCUCUGAAGGAGGCUUAUGGUACAGACCUUGAUGUCUUUCAGUACCUCCACUCCGUAGGGUGUCUUCAACAGGUCAACAAUCACAUGCGUGGAUACCGGCAGGGUCGAACACCUUGGAUGGACCGAUCCAUUUACCCGGUCCAAGAGAACUUGAUCCACGGAGCUGAAGCAGGCUCUGACGCACCAUUUCUCGUGGACAUCGCUGGUGGUCUGGGGCAUGACUUGACCGAAUUCAAGAACCGGUUCCCUAACCACCCUGGCAAGAUCUACCUCGAAGAUCUUCCUGCCGUUAUAUCAGAUAUUCAAGAUCUUGACCCAACCAUUGAACGGCUUUCCUACGACUUUCACACUGAACAGCCGAUCAAGGGAGCGCGAGCCUACUUCAUGCACUCGAUUAUGCACGACUGGCCCGACCACGUCUGUAAAUCUAUCCUGACACGAGUGGUUGAGGCUAUGAGACCCGGUUACAGCAAGCUUCUCAUCAACGACGUUGUCAUUCCUUCGAUGGGGGCUCACUGGGAGAACACAGCUGGCGAUAUGCUAAUGAUGACUCAAUUGUCUGCUUUGGAGCAAACUGAGGCUCAAUGGUAUCAGCUCAUUGAAGGGAGCGGGCUGAGUCUCAAAAUCGUGAAGAUCUGGUUGUGUGGUCUACCGGGUGUAGAAGGUUUGAUUGAAUGCGAGCGGGUGUAA